AUGCCCGCGGUUGACACGAUGACUUCGACUCCCGUGGCUACCAAAGCGGAGACCACCAAAUCUCUCGCUACCCUCGAUGAGCUACUCAAGAAGCUCUCCGUCUCGAAAGCUCAGGAUGAGGCCAACUCAGCAGCGCUGAACGUUGCCACUCUCCUACAUGGUCCUAUCGAAGAACAGGUCAUCCCUGCGAAGGCCGUUGAGACCUUCACGAAGCAACUUUCCAACAAGAAAGAUGCCGUCGCUCGCGAGCGUGCCCUCGAUGGCAUCAAGGCCAUUGCGUCGCACUCCGCCAUUUCCCCUGCUUUCGAGCCUCAUCUGAUCUCUCUUCUUCCCCUCGCCCUUGCCGGUGUUGGUGACAAGAUGACUUCGGUCAAGAAUGUGGCUAUUGAGGCCGCUCUCGCGAUUAUCAAAACCAUUAACCCCAACUCGACCAAAGCCGCCCUUCCUCACAUCCGCAAUUCGAUCGUCACUGCACAGAAGUGGCCUGAGAAGAUGACCGGACUGGACUGCAUCGAGUCUCUCGUCGAAACUGCACCAACCCAGCUCACCUUCCUCGUCCCUACCCUGAUUCCGAUCGUUUCCGAGUCAAUGUGGGAUACCAAGCCUGAAGUCAAGAAGAAGGCGUAUGGCACUAUGGAAAAGAUCUGCAAGCUCAUUGAGAACAAGGAUAUUGAGAAGUUCAUUCCUGAGCUGAUCAAGUGUAUCGCUAAGCCAGAGAACGUCCCGGAGACUGUUCACUUGCUGGGCGCCACUACCUUCGUUACCGAUGUGCACGAGCCUACGCUGGCCAUCAUGGUUCCCCUCCUUGAGCGUGGUCUUGCUGACCGCGAGACUGCCAUCAAGCGUAAAUCCGCUGUCAUCGUUGACAACAUGUGCAAGCUUGUCGAAGAUCCUCAGAUCGUUGCAGCUUUCUUGCCCAAGCUCAUGCCUGCGCUCAACAAGAAUCACGACAACAUGGCUGAUCCUGAGGCUCGUGAAAAGACCAAGCAGGCUCUCGAUACCCUCAAGCGUGUGGGCGCUGUCAAAGAUGACGGCACCUGGCCCGAGGUUUCCACUGCUGGUGAGGUUUCCACCGUCGCCGGUCUCUUCAAGUCCAUUCUCGAGUCAUCCAAGCACAAGGAGGCCAUUAAAGCCGAGGCUACCGUUCUCUACAUCUCAGCCAUCGCUGGUCAGCUCAUUGACCAGAAGAUGAACGAGGCUCCCGACUGGGCCACCAACGUCAAGCAGUACGUUGAGGUUCUUGUUGGCGAGGCCGAUGCUGAGGCUAUCACUGAGUCCCUCCGCAAGAAGACUGCCCCAGGUGCGGAAGCAGAGGCUGAAGUUGAGCCCGAUGAGGAGGAAGGCGAGGAUCUCUGCAACUGCACAUUCAACCUUGCUUAUGGUGCUAAGAUCCUGCUGAAUCAGACGCACCUGCGCCUGAAGCGUGGCCAGCGCUACGGCCUUUUGGGGCCCAACGGCUCUGGCAAGACCACUCUGAUGCGUGCCAUCAACAACGAGCAAGUCGAGGGUUUCCCCAAGCAGUCCGAAGUCAAGACCGUGUUCGUCGAGCACGAUCUCGACGCUGCUGAUACUGAGCUUACCGUCAUGGCCUGGACUCAGAUGAAGCUUAAGCAGGUCAACAUCGAGAAGACCGAUGAGGACAUCAAGGCCAAGCUCACCGAGUUCGGCUUCGUUCCCGAGCAGUUUGAUGGUCUUAUCACAUCUCUCUCCGGUGGCUGGAAGAUGAAGCUGGCUCUUGCCCGCGCCGUCUUCGAAGAGCCCGACAUUCUGCUCCUGGAUGAGCCUACCAACCACAUGGAUGUCAAGAACGUCGCAUGGCUUGAGAAUUACCUGAAGACCUCGCCAUCGACCUCCAUCAUCAUCUCUCACGACUCGAAAUUCUUGAACAAUGUCAUCCAGCACGUUAUCCACUACGAGCGCUUCAAGCUCAAGCGCUAUCGUGGUAACCUCGCCGAGUUCGCCAGACGUGUGCCUUCAGCUCGUUCAUACUUCGAACUCGGUGCCUCCGAGCUCGAGUUUAAGUUCCCCGAGCCCGGUUUCCUCGAGGGCGUCAAGACCAAGGCCAAGGCUAUUGUUCGUGUCAGCAAGAUGUCGUUCCAGUACCCUGGCACCGCCAAGCCUCAGAUUCGGGACAUUACCUUCCAGUGCUCUCUGGGCUCUCGUAUUGCUGUCAUCGGUCCUAACGGUGCUGGCAAGUCUACUCUCGUCAAUGUCCUGACUGGUGAGCUCAUUCCCACUUCUGGUGAAGUCUACCAGCACGAGAACAUCCGUAUUGCAUAUAUCAAGCAGCACGCUUUUGCUCACAUUGAUCACCAUCUCGACAAGACUCCUUCUGAAUAUAUUCAGUGGCGUUUCCAGACUGGUGAGGAUCGCGAGACUAUGGAUCGUGCCAACAAGAUCAUCACCGAGAACGACGAGGAGGCCAUGAACAAGAUCUACAAGAUCGAAGGUACUCAACGUCGUGUCAUUGGCAUUCACUCUCGCAGAAAGUUCAAGAACUCCUACGAGUACGAGUGCUCUUUCCUUCUUGGUGAGAACGUUGGCCAGAAGAACGAGAAGUGGACUCCUAUGAUGACUGCCGACAACGCCUGGAUUCCUCGUAACGAGAUUUUGGCUUCUCACCAGAAGCUGGUUGCCGAGGUCGAUCAGAAGGAAGCCCUUGCCUCCGGCCAGUUCCGCCCCCUGGUCCGCAAGGAAAUUGAGGCUCAUGCUGCUAACUUCGGUCUUGAUACCGAGCUUAUCUCUCACUCUCGCAUGCGUGGUCUGUCCGGUGGCCAGCGUGUCAAGGUCGUGCUUGCCGCCUGCACAUGGCAGCGCCCUCACUUGAUCGUUCUCGACGAGCCGACCAACUACCUCGACCGCGAUUCCCUUGGCGCUCUAUCCAAGGCCCUCAAGGAGUUCGAGGGAGGCGUCGUGAUAAUUUCACAUAACGCUGAGGCGAUCUGGGCUGUCAAUGACGGUCUGAUGGCUCCCAGUGGACACAACUGGGUCGCUGGCCAAGGAUCCGGUCCCCGUCUCGCCAACAAGGAUGAUGACGAGGAGGACAAGUUUGAUGCUAUGGGCAAUAAAAUCGAGGGCACGAAGAAGGCUAAGAAGCUUACCGCCUCUGAGCUGCGCAAGAAGAGAAAGGAUAGGAUGUUGAGAAGAAAACGUGGCGAGGAGGUGUUUACUGACGAGGACGAAGAAUAG